AUGUUUCUGUGGCGGCUCCCCCAGGCAGUGUGUCUGCUGUCGGUGUGUGUGUCGCUGACUCUUGGGUACGAAGACGAUAUCGAGGUGAACUAUGGUGACAGUUACUACAACGAGAUCACAGAGGGAGAGCCACUGGAGCCCACGGCCAUCCCAACCCAAGCCCCCUGUAAGGUGACAGAGAUGACUAAAUGGGACAAGCUCUUCUCCAUGCUGGAGAACUCUCAGAUGAGGGAGAACAUGCUUCUGCAGUACUCUGAUGACAUCAUCAAGGUGGAGUUGGGGUCUCUGCGUGGAGAAAUGCUAAAGUUCGUGGCUCAGUACGGAGGGGCCUGUGGCGUUGCGGUGGAGACUGCUGGACGGAGGAUGUCCAUGCAGAUGGAAGCUCGCCUCAAGGAGAGCCUGGAGCAUCUCAGGCAAGAUCGGAGCAUUGCUGCUGGGAAAUCUGCAGGUAAUUCUGGGAAUAGCCACCAGGAGACGCUGUUACAGCAGCUCCUCACCGUGGCGCGGACACAGGCUUCCCGACUCGUCAAGCUAGAAAAUAUCUGCCUGAGUAAUCCAGGACCCGUAACGCCACCAGAGGCAAAGGUGGAAGACCUGCAGCAGGAUGUGGUGUCGGCAGAGAUGCUGAUUGCCCUGGUGACAGAGCUGGCGAAGACGAGGUCAGUGCUGGAACUAGCGUUCAAGUCGGCACAGCAACGCCACCUGCCUGCAGGCUGUGAGACCGCUCUUCUCUUCCCUAUGCGUUCCCGUCGUAUCUUCUCCUCGGUGACACCAGACCUCCCUCUCUCCCUCUCUUCCUUCACCGUGUGCCUGUGGGCUAAGCCCGUCUCCGUCUCCAACAGAACCGUGCUGUUCUCCUACGGAACCAAACGGAACCCCUAUGAGAUCCAGCUGCUUCUCAGUGGAACCAGGGCUCUCUUCACCGUGGGAGGAGAGGCUCACCUGGUGGAGGGGCGGGGCGUGGCGAGAGGAGGAAUUUGGACCCACAUAUGUGGGGCUUGGAGCUCUGAGCAGGGCAUAGCGUCACUGUGGGCCAAUGGACACAGAGUGGCAUUCACACCCGGGGUGGCCGAGGGCCACGUGUUACCCAAUGGAGGCUCCCUCCAGCUGGGGCAGGAGAAGAACGACGGUGGGGUCUCUGGAGGGUCAGAUGGCAGUGGGAGUCAGAUGCCUGGGUUUGACGGAGGCUUCGAUGCCAAGUUGGCGUUCACUGGGAAGAUGACGGGGGUGAACAUGUGGGACAGCGUGCUGACGGAGGAGGAGAUAUCCCAGCUGGCUUUGCAGGACGGCGAGGGAUGUGAGCAGAGGGGGAACGUAGUUGGGUGGGGCUUGACGGAGAUCGUGCCUCACGGGGGUGCUCAGUUCAUCAACUAACUCUGAUGACGUUUUCAUCAUCCUCAUCAUCAUCAUCCUCAUCAUCAUCAUUUAAAUGAACUCUAUCAUCACCAUUAUAAACUAAGACCUGCAGUGCAGAACAGCCCAACCGGCUGAGACUGCAACAAUAAUGUGAACAUCAACAACAACAACAACAGCUCCCUUUAAUGGUUAAAGAGACUGUGACAAUAAUGUAAUGUAAUAAUGUGUGUUAGAGGAGUGUUUCCUAUUUAGAGAAGCAGGGGAGUGGC